CUGAGAGUUGCUAGGGCGUCAAACAUCAUGUGUGAAAGAUGAUCCAAGGGUGGCGGCUGAGGCAAGGCAGAAAAGGAGGAGGCGCAUCCCCUGCAGUGCCGUGGCCCCUGCAGCUAGAAUAGGCCUGCACUGGCUGAAUGUGUGUCAACACGCAUGCCCUGUCACACCUCACCGUAUGUGUCCAAAGGUCUCAUAUCCCUUGUGCAACUUCCCUCAGUAAGACGAUUAGAGGGACAGCGUUGGGAAGAAGGAGCAAAUCAACACUUCUGUCUUAAAUAUAACGAUGGCGUCUGUGUUCCUGCCAGCUCUGGGUGGUGUGGCUGUUUGUGGCGGCACUCAUGGAAAUGAGCUGUCGGGUGUGUACCUGGUGCAGGAGAUGGAGCGACAGAGGAAGGAGAAGGGAGACGGUGUAUGGCCGAUUCCUGUAACAACUGUACUGUCAAACCCACGAGCUGUGAAAGAGUGCAGAAGAUAUAUUGAUACAGAUAUGAACCGCUGCUUCAGCAGAGACACACUGAGUACUCCUAUUACAGACAGCAGCCCAUAUGAAGUCCGACGUGCUCAGGAAUUAAACAAUCAGCUUGGUCCAAAGGAGUCCACAGGUGCAAUAGACAUGAUUUGUGACCUUCACAACACCACAUCUAACAUGGGUCUCACACUCAUCCAUUACACAACCAGUGACUGGGCGACCCUGCACAUCUGCAAAUACUUACAGACUAAGAUAACCAAAGUGCCUGUGAGAGUGAUGGUACUGGAUGUCCCAUAUAGUGAUGCAUAUUCCUUGGAGUCCGUCUCCAAGCAUGGCUUUUCAAUUGAGGUCGGGCCGCAGCCCCAUGGUGUUGUCAGAGCGGACAUCUAUGUUAUUAUGAAGGAGGCCGUCGACUUAACUAUAGACUGGAUUCAUAAAUUCAACUCAGGGACCGUAUUUGAAGGUGGAGAUGUGGAAGCCUUCAAGAUCAUCAAAAGUGUGGAUUAUCCCAGAGAUCCAGUGACUCGAAGUCUCAACGCUGCUGUUCAUCCUCAGCUUCAGGAUAGAGACUUCUGUCUCCUCAAACGGGGCGAUCCUUUGUUUUUGUCGUUUUCUGGAGAAACUGUGAAAUAUGAGGAGGAAGAGCCACUUCAUCCCUUAUUUAUCAACGAAUGUGCCUACUAUGAAAAGGGAAUCGCUUUUCAUCUGGCGAAAAGGAUGAGGCUGACAAUUCCAGCGGUGCAAGUGCAGAAGGACUGAAUGAGGAAAGAGGAAAGACAUUAAACCCAGCAUGACUAUAA